AUGGAGGCCGCAUCAGCUCGUGCUGCGGCCCGCGACCGCUGGGGCGAGAUGGGCAGUCCGACGCCGUCGCAGCUGCAGCGCUUCAUUCAGGCCGCUUGCAGCCCAGAGAACUAUGAGCCGAACCUUGCCUUGAACCUGGAGAUUUCCGAUCUGAUCAACUCCAAGAAGGGCUCCGCCCCGCGCGAGGCCGCCGUCGCCAUAGUCAGCUACAUCAACCACCGCAACCCCAACGUGGCCCUUCUGGCUCUCAACUUGCUUGACAUCUGUGUUAAGAAUUGUGGCUAUCCCUUUCACUUGCAGAUUAGCACCAAGGAGUUCCUCAAUGAGCUGGUCAGAAGGUUCCCCGAGCGACCGCCGAUACGGGCGACGAGAGUGCAGAUGAAGAUCCUGGAGGCCAUUGAGGAGUGGAGGAGUACGAUAUGCGAAACAAGCAGGUACAAAGAAGACUUGGGUUUCAUUCGGGACAUGCAUCGUCUUUUGAGUUACAAGGGUUACACCUUUCCCGAAGUCAGGCGGGACGACGCGGCGGUGUUGAAUCCUAGCGACAACCUGAAAUCAGCUGAAGAGAUGGAGGAAGAGGAGCGCGAAGCGCAAUCCGCCAAGCUGCAGGAGCUGAUCCGUAGAGGCACCCCGGAGGACUUGCAGGAGGCCAACCGGCUGAUGAAGAUCAUGGCUGGCUACGAUACUCGUUCCAAGACUGACUACCGCGCUAAGGCUGCUCAGGAGGUCGCGAAGAUUCAGGCCAAGGCACGUCUGCUGGAGGAGAGACUAGAAGCUUUCCAACAGGGCGACACGAUGCAGGAUGGAGACGUGUUCUCUGAGCUCGCUGCAGCUUUGCAGAGUGCGCAGCCCAAGAUUCAAAAGAUGUGUGAAGAAGAGUCGGAUGAUCACGAAGCCGUCGCAAAACUCCUCGAGAUCAACGACAGUAUACACCGGACUGUCGAGCGGUACAAGCUCAUGAAGAAGGGCGACUUGGAGGCGGCGAAGAAGGUGGCCAGCGGCGCACCACUACCCACCACUUCAGGCUCUUCCAAGAGCGCAACGCAAGAGCUGUCCUUAAUCGACUUUGACGGAGAGGCGGACGCUGCCAAUGGCUCAUCUUCCGCACAGCCCACGUCGCAGUCAACUGGUAUCGAGAACGACCUCCUCGGGUUGUCUAUGGGCGACUCAGCGAGUUAUGGUCAAGGAGGCGCUCUAACACUCGGCUUCGGGGCGAAUUCCAAUGUCCCUGGGCCCGCAUUGCUGUCCAGUAUGACGGAGGCUAAUUCCGCAAAAGGACCCAUGAGUAAUUCAACGACACCCCAGCCGCCAGCCUUCUCCCAGUUUGCUUCUUUUACGUCCCCCACCGCGUCCCAGUCUGGCACGCCCCAGCCGCCUGUAAUGUCUGCUUUCAAGCCGCCACAGCAAGCCGCGGCCACGUCUGAUCCCUUCGCUGCCCUUGGAUCUCCUUCGUUUCCCUCCAAACCAUCUACCCCUGCUCCAGCACCUCAACCCGCGCCGGCUGCGCCGGCCGCAAAUGACGACGACGAAUGGGCUUUCUCGUCUGCACUCCCUCCCGACCAGCCUAGCCUUCCCAAGGAGCACAGAGCGACCAUCAGCGAGUCUACUGUAAAGAUUGAGAUGAUGGCUGGAAGAGUUGGGCCUGGCAACUCCCUCAACUUUAGCUUUGCCUUUUCCAACAGCUCUGCGCAGCCAGUGACCGAGCUUCACUUCCAACUCGCGGCGACAAGGGGAUACGAACUGCAACUUAAGCCCCAAACCGGGCGUGCACUAGAACCUAAACAGAGCAGAGGCGUGACGCAAGCUGCGGAGGUAUGGCAUGCUGGUGAUAAGAAUCGUAAAGUGCAGUCCAUCAAGCUGCGAUGGAGGGUGUCGUACAAAGUAGGCGCGGAGCAAAAGAACGAAAUGGGCGAGAUCCAGGAGUUUAGUAUCGCAUGA